ACGCUGGUGUGACUUCCGUUGUUGUGGUGCUUGUUGAUGAUUCCGAAUCCAACAGAAACGUAAACAAUCCUCAACACACAUUGUCAGAUCAAAACCAGGAUCCUUCCUCACAGCCAGUCCAUGAAUCUCGAGCAGCAUGGAUGAUGAGCAGGAGAUCUACAAAUUGUGGCGAAUCCGGAAGACGGUGAUGGCCUUAUGCCACGAUCGCGGCUAUUUAGUAACCCAGGAUGAGUUGGACCAGAGCAUCGAUCAGUUCAAGCAGCAAUUCGGAGACAAGCCAAGUGAGAAGCAACCGUCGCGCAACGAUUUGAUCAUCCUGGUGGCCCAUAACGACGAUCCCACCGAUCAGAUGUUCGUCUUUUUCCCCGAGGAGAUCAAGAUCGGCAUUAAAACCAUCCGGGCCUACUGCAAGCGUAUGCAGGAAGAAAACAUCACCCGAGCCAUUAUCGUGGUUCAAAUGGGCAUGACCCCGUCGGCCAAGCAAUCCUUGGCCGAUAUGGCUCCCAAGUAUAUCUUGGAGCAGUUCCUCGAGUCGGAGCUGUUGAUCAAUAUUACCGAACACGAGUUGGUACCGGAACACGUGGUCAUGACGCCCGAGGAGAAGAAAGAGUUGCUCUUCAAAUACAAACUCAAAGAGAACCAACUCAUGCGGAUUCAGGCCGGCGAUCCCGUAGCUCGCUACUACGGGCUGAAACGCGGUCAAGUGAUCAAGAUCAUUCGACCCUCGGUCACGGCCGGACGGUAUAUAUCGUAUCGUUUGGUGGUGUAAAAUGGUGUUCAAGCUGGUGAAAAAUAAAUACGUGUACCAUAUCUAUGAGUAGAAGGAA